UGGUCGGUCCUGUCCCUUCCGGUCAGGGUCACCUUUUCAGAUGCCCCCAAUUCGGCUUGUGGUGCUUUCGUAAAAGACUCAAAUUUAGUAUUUUAUCAGAACUGGUCUCCUGUAGUGCGUGUCUACAGUUCUACAUGGAGAGAACUCAAAGCUGUUUGCCUCGCCUUGGAAGCUUUCGCGAGUCAUUUUUCUGGAUUUAAGGUUAUUUGGUAUUCCGAUAACCAGAACGUCGAAUCUAUUCUUCAAAACGGUUGUAGGGUAGCUGACAUGCACCAAUUGGCCCUCCUAGUUAUCCAAAUAUGUCUUGAGUUUCACAUAUCACUGGAGGUUACGUGGAUCCCUUGGGAGCGUAACGCUAAGGCUGAUGCAAUAAGCAAUUUAACCGAUUAUGAUGACUAUACCAUUAACGUAGCUAUCUUUCAAAGAAUUAACCUAUUUUGGGGUCCCACACCGUUGCCAGAUUUGCUUGUUCCUAUAACGCUAAGGUACCAAGAUUUAACACUGAGAUUUUUUCAGACUGGCUGUGUAGUAGUAGAUGCCUUCUCCCCAGUUUGGGGGCACGAUAAUGAUUGGAUUUGUCCUCCAGUGUGUCUAUUAAUUAAAGUGGUAAAGCACAUGGAAUUGUGUAAGGCGAGAGGAGCGGUUAUCCUCCCCUUGUGGAAGUCCUCUUGCUUAUGGACUUUAUUUUGUAGAGACGGUGUGCAAUGGAACAGUUUCGUAAUUGACUGGGUGUUUUUAGCCAAGUUCCCAGGUCUCUUUAUCAGAGGGAAAGCCCGAAACUCGCUUUUCGGUUCCAGACCCCUGGACUUUGAUGCUAUAGCCCUUCGAAUUGAUUUCGCCGCCCCAGAUCUCCCUGUGCUUGCGUAGGCUUCUGUACGAAGUUCAGUAAAGACUGUGAUCAUUGUAAUUAGCCCGGCGGGCUUUUGUAUUCACCGCGGAAGUUUUCUCUUCUGGGUGCAAACGUGAUUUUGUUUCAGUCAAUCCCAGCGUAAUUGCUCUAAGUUCUUUGUACUUAGCUUAUGGGUUGUUUGGCACUUACUCAGGCUUGAAGUGACUUAAAUCAUAGAAUUGCUCGUCAAUAUUGCGUAUUGCGUUAUGACACGAGUUUGUGUCAAGAAUUUAUUCAGCAUUGUUUGAAAUUAAAGGGACCCAUUUGUGGUCCACUUUGCAGAUUCCAGUUGUCUACGUAUUCUCUGUUGGAGUUUGAUUAUUCCUGGUUAUUCUAUUUUUAUUUAUCUAUUUCUUUAGUAAUUUCUUGUUGGAUUUUACUUCUAGCUUUGCCUUAUUUUAUCUCUCGUUUAGAUAUUUUUCAUUCGGGAUUUAGGGCAUUCCGGGACGGAACGCUUGACAACUUGCUUGAGGGACUGAAAGAUCGCCUGAGACGACUGUACUCUCUUCCAAAGCAAAUGGGACUGUUAUGGUAUACAACCGAGCUUUCCGCGGAUGGAAUCAGUUUGCAAACGAUAAGUUAAAGGGGAAAGCCUUUCCCGCUAGCCCUUUUCAUGUGGCUUUGUAUUUACAACAUCUUCUAGAGGAAACCCACUCCCCUAGCGUCUACUAG